GACGGUCGUGACGCGUUGCGUCAAUUCAGUCAGUAUUCAGCGGACUUGCGUUGUGUUCUGUUCGUUCCUUGGUUUCGUUCGGUUUUCCGUCGAGUCACGGGAGAAAGAAGAAAAGAGAGAGAGAGAAAGAGAGAGAGAGGUAGCCGCCGAGAAACGCCACAGGACAAAAGUGCCUUCUUCCUUCGCCGCAUACGAAGAUCCCCGUCAGGAUGGCGGACGACAAUCACGAGAACGGCACCAGUAACGGCGACGUACCCGAGAUCGAGCUGAUCAUCAAGGCAUCGACGAUCGACGGCCGUCGAAAGGGCGCCUGUCUCUUCUGCCAGGAAUAUUUCAUGGAUCUAUAUCUCUUGGCGGAGCUGAAGACGAUUUCCUUGAAGGUGACCACCGUGGACAUGCAGAAACCGCCGCCCGACUUUCGCACCAACUUUCAGGCCACGCCGCCGCCUAUCCUGAUCGACAACGGCGACGCGAUACUGGAAAACGAAAAGAUCGAACGGCACAUCAUGAAGAACAUCCCUGGCGGGCACAAUCUGUUUGUACAGGAUAAGGAAGUGGCCACUCUUGUGGAGAACUUGUUCAGCAAACUCAAGCUGCUGUUACUGAACGCCAAGGACAAGGACAAGGAUCCCAAGUCCUCGUCGCUGAUGGCCCAUCUGCGUAAGAUCGAUGAACAUUUGGGCCGCAAGGGUACGCGUUUCCUCACCGGCGACACCAUGUGCUGCUUCGACUGCGAGCUGAUGCCGCGGCUGCAGCACAUCAGGGUCGCUGGCAAGUACUUUGCCGACUUCGAGAUACCGGAGACUCUGGUACAUCUGUGGCGGUACAUGCAUCACAUGUACAGGCUCGACGCUUUCCUACAGAGCUGCCCAGCCGAUCAAGAUAUCAUUAAUCACUAUAAACUGCAACAGAGUAUGAAGAUGAAGAAGCACGAGGAGUUGGAGACGCCGACCUUCACUACGAGUAUCCCGAUCGAGGUCAACGAUGACUAGGUCGGACCUUCCUUGGCGAGUCUGCGAUCGCGUGACUUCGAUUAGACAUCGAGAUCGGCCUAGCGAGACGGCGAAUCGCCUCGACGGAGUUUCAACGGCGUACAUUUUGUAAUUUAAUAUGUCCAACAAUAGCAUCGAAAAUAAACUGCGGAUUCUACCGUUGAAACUCCCGUCUUUCGAGCCGUGAGCUCGUGUCGUCGCCGUCAUUGAUUAGUUCAUAUCUUUUGCUAAGCAAUUAUUGCUGAAUUGCAUCCCUUUCUUGUGGGAUCAAUUCAGGUGUAAACGGAUUAGCUUUUUUUUACCGCAAACGACGCGAAAACAUACAUAAGUGCAUUAAGGUAUUCAAAAUCUUAAAAAUGAUAGAGAAUAUUGAUUUUCUCCAUUUUUCUUCUCCUUUAUUUUCUUUUUCUUCUAUGUACAGCACGCGUACGUAGUUUUGACCUAAGUAGUAUUACAAAAUUUUAAUUUGCUAUUGUUAAUCCAAGGAUUAAGUUUACUAGAAAAAGCGAUAAUGAUUUUGUUAUUCUCUAACGGCAACAAUCACGAAAAUUAACACUAAGAAUGCAAAAGAAACGUAUGCGUUUGAGAGAACUAAAUUGGUGCCAUUAAUAUCUUUGCUUCUUUGCAAUCUUAAUAGAAAUUAUCCUUUGGAUAAUAAUCAUUAUUCCUAAGCAUUAUUCUUAUAUACAAUUAAGUAAAUCAAGUAGAUAAAAUAAUCCUAGAAUGCUUGAUAAAAUGUUUCAACAUUAUUAAUAAACUUGCGUAAAUCUUUUUAAACGUUUCUCUUUUUUCCAUUGUUUUCAUUCAGCCACUCAUUAUCACGAGCUACAGUAAUGAAAUACUUAAACACGAUCGAGACAUUUGCAUUAAUGAGAAAGGUACGUUCGGAAUUAUGAAUUUGUUUAACAUAUCUUCAUGUUCUUAAACAUGAUUGCACAACAGAAAACAAGAAACAUGUUAUCGUUAUAUAUGGAGAAGAAAGAAUUUGUUUUUUUGCUGUAUCUCGCGAGACAC